AUGAGGUUGCUGGGAGCUGCCGCCGCCGCGGCUGUGGGCCGCGGGCCGCUCCCGCAGUUCCCCGCAGCCCUGGGCUGGCAGGGGAAGCAGGCUAAUUGGAAGAUCUGCCGAUGGUGUUCCUCAGGGAUGAUUCCUAAUGAAAAGAUACGAAAUAUCGGGAUCUCAGCUCACAUUGAUUCUGGGAAAACUACAUUAACAGAACGAGUGCUUUACUACACUGGCAGAAUCACAAAAAUGCAUGAGGUGAAAGGUAAAGAUGGAGUUGGUGCUGUCAUGGAUUCCAUGGAACUAGAGAGACAAAGAGGAAUCACUAUUCAGUCAGCGGCCACCUACACCAUGUGGAAAGAUGUCAACAUCAACAUCAUAGAUACUCCUGGGCACGUGGACUUCACAAUAGAAGUUGAGAGAGCCCUGAGAGUGCUGGACGGUGCGGUCCUGGUUGUCUGUGCGGUCGGAGGGGUGCAGUGCCAGACCAUGACUGUUAACCGGCAGAUGAAGCGCUACAGUGUCCCGUUUCUAACUUUCAUUAACAAGCUCGACCGAAUGGGCUCCAACCCAGCCAGGGCCCUGCAGCAAAUGAGGUCUAAACUAAGUCAUAAUGCAGCGUUUGUGCAAUUGCCCAUUGGUUUAGAGAGUGAUUUUAAAGGUAUUAUAGAUCUUAUUGAGGAACGAGCCAUCUAUUUUGAUGGAGACUUUGGUCAGAUUGUUCGAUACGGGGAAAUUCCAGCAGAAUUCAGGGCGGCAGCCGCAGACCACCGGCAGGAGCUGAUUGAAUGUGUUGCUAAUUCAGAUGAGCAACUUGGAGAGAUGUUUCUGGAAGAAAAAACUCCCUCAAUCUCAGAUUUAAAGCUUGCCAUUCGAAGAGCCACAAUAAACAGGUCAUUUACCCCUGUCUUUCUGGGAAGUGCCUUGAAAAACAAAGGAGUUCAGCCUCUGUUAGACGCUGUUUUAGAAUACCUCCCGAAUCCAUCUGAAGUCCAGAAUUACGCCAUUCUCAAUCAGGAUGGCUCUCAAGAGAAAACCAAAAUCUUAAUGAACCCCCAAAGAGACAGUUCCCAUCCAUUUGUUGGCCUGGCUUUUAAACUGGAGGCAGGUCGAUUUGGACAGUUAACUUACGUUCGCAAUUAUCAAGGAGAGUUGAAGAAAGGUGAUAACAUCUAUAAUACAAGGACGAGAAGGAAAGUGCGAGUGCAGCGACUGGUUCGCAUGCAUGCCGACAUGAUGGAGGAUGUUGAGGAAGUGUUUGCUGGAGACAUCUGUGCAUUGUUUGGCAUUGACUGUGCCAGUGGAGACACAUUCACAGACAAAGAUAAUAGCGGCCUUUCUAUGGAGUCAAUUCAUGUCCCCGAUCCUGUCAUUUCAAUAGCAAUGAAGCCGUCCAACAAGAAUGAUCUGGAAAAAUUUUCAAAAGGUAUUGGCAGGUUUACAAGAGAAGAUCCCACAUUUAAAGUCCACUUUGACCCUGAGAGCAAGGAGACAAUCGUAUCUGGAAUGGGAGAGUUACACCUGGAGAUCUACGCUCAGCGAAUGGAAAGAGAAUAUGGCUGUCCUUGUAUCACAGGAAAGCCAAAAGUUGCUUUCAGAGAGACCAUUACAGCCCCUGUUCCGUUUGAGUUUACACAUAAAAAACAAUCAGGUGGGGCGGGCCAGUAUGGAAAAGUGAUAGGUGUACUGGAGCCUCUGGACCCAGAGAACUACACGAAGUUGGAGUUUUCAGAUGAAACAUUUGGGUCAAAUGUACCAAAGCAGUUUGUGCCUGCUGUGGAAAAGGGGUUUUUGGAUGCCUGCGAGAAGGGCCCUUUGUCUGGUCACAAGCUCUCUGGGCUCCGGUUUGUUCUGCAAGAUGGAGCACAUCACAUGGUGGAUUCCAAUGAAAUCUCUUUCAUCCGAGCAGGAGAAGGUGCUCUUAAACAAGCCCUGGCAAAUACAGCAUUAUGUAUUCUUGAGCCUAUUAUGUCGGUGGAAGUUAUAGCCCCAAAUGAAUUUCAGGGACCAGUGAUUGCAGGAAUUAACCGACGCCAUGGGGUAAUCACAGGACAAGAUGGAAUUGAGGACUAUUUUACACUGUAUGCAGAUGUCCCCCUGAAUAAUAUGUUUGGUUAUUCUACGGAACUUAGGUCAUGCACAGAGGGGAAGGGAGAAUAUACAAUGGAGUAUUGCAGAUAUCAGCCAUGUUCACCAGCUACACAAGAAGAACUCAUUAAUAAGUAUUUGGAAGCUACAGGUCAACUUCCUGUAAAAAAAGGAAAAGCCAAGAACUAA